GCACGCUGGUUCAUUUCCAGUAUGAGAUAGAACUCGCUACGAAGCGGUUGUGGUGUUUGCGAGUGCUCUGUACGCGUGUGAUUAGUGCUUACCUGUGUGGCCUGAGAUAUCGCUCUGCCAGAUUAUCGAAGAUCUGUGUGCCCUGGUAGGCGUCAGUGAGGAAAAUCUCUUUGGAACCACUCCCCCCCCCCCCCCCCCUCCACAACAGUGUCGCAGUGUCGCCUGAGUGUGUGUCGGUGUGCCACGUUUUGGAAGCGGUAUUGUUCUGUGCGGUGUGUAUCGGUACGGCCAGAAAUUGGCCACCAUUUGUUGUGCUGUGAGUGAAACCUCUAACAUUGACGGUGAAAGUUGCUGCAAAGUGUAAAAGUUACAGCGCAACUUACAGAAAUCCAUUCGGCCGUAUCGAAUUCGGCGUGGCGCACGGUGGCUUUGUGUGUGCGUUGGUGUGUAUUGCGCGAGUUAAGUUUACGCUCUGCGGAAUUUGUAGUUUGUCGGUGAACAAAACUAUAAUCGGUGCGUGUAGUUAAGGUGUAUCCCGUGUCCCGUGUAUUCUGCAUUAACCUGCGACGAAGCAGCACGGUUUGAGCAGCAAGUUGCUGUAGAUGAGCAACGCUAGUGGAUAGUUCUAGUGGAUCAUAGGAAAAACUUAGCGCUCUCCGCCCGUGCCGAUGGAGAUCCGAGGGCUGCUGAUGGGUAGACUGCGGUUAGGACGGCGGAUGGUUCCGUUGGGUCUGCUCGGCGUGACCGCGCUGCUACUAAUCCUGCCACCCUCCGCGCUGGUGCAGGGCCGGCACCACGAGCUCAACAAUGGUGCCGCCAUCGGAUCGCAUCAGCUGUCGGCUGCCGCCGGUGUUGGCCUUUCCUCCCAGUCCGCCCAGUCCGGAUCGCUCGCAUCCGGUGUGAUGUCAUCCGUUCCUGCUGCCGGAGCGUCAUCCUCCUCCUCGUCGUCGCUGCUGUCAUCGUCAGCCGAGGACGACGUGGCGCGCAUUACUCUCAGCAAGGACGCAGACGCAUUUUUUACACCAUAUAUAGGUCACGGUGAGUCCGUACGAAUUAUAGAUGCCGAGUUGGGCACGCUCGAGCAUGUCCACAGUGGAGCAACGCCGCGGCGACGCGGCCUGACGAGGCGCGAGUCAAACUCGGACGCGAACGACAACGAUCCGCUGGUGGUCAACACGGAUAAGGGGCGCAUCCGCGGCAUUACGGUCGAUGCGCCCAGCGGCAAGAAGGUGGACGUGUGGCUCGGCAUUCCCUACGCCCAGCCGCCGGUCGGGCCGCUACGGUUCCGUCAUCCGCGGCCGGCCGAAAAGUGGACCGGCGUGCUGAACACGACCACACCGCCCAACAGCUGCGUGCAGAUCGUGGACACCGUGUUCGGCGACUUCCCGGGCGCGACCAUGUGGAACCCGAACACGCCCCUGUCCGAGGACUGUCUGUACAUUAACGUGGUGGCACCGCGACCCCGGCCCAAGAAUGCGGCCGUCAUGCUGUGGAUCUUCGGCGGCGGCUUCUACUCCGGCACCGCCACCCUGGACGUGUACGACCACCGGGCGCUUGCGUCGGAGGAGAACGUGAUCGUGGUGUCGCUGCAGUACCGCGUGGCCAGUCUGGGCUUCCUGUUUCUCGGCACCCCGGAAGCGCCGGGCAAUGCGGGACUGUUCGAUCAGAACCUUGCGCUACGCUGGGUGCGGGACAACAUUCACCGGUUCGGUGGCGAUCCGUCGCGUGUGACACUGUUCGGCGAGAGUGCCGGCGCCGUCUCGGUGUCGCUGCAUCUGCUGUCCGCCCUUUCCCGCGAUCUGUUCCAGCGGGCCAUCCUGCAGAGCGGCUCGCCGACGGCACCGUGGGCAUUGGUAUCGCGCGAGGAAGCCACGCUAAGAGCACUGCGGUUGGCCGAAGCGGUCGGCUGCCCGCACGAACCGAGCAAGCUGAGCGAUGCGGUCGAGUGUCUGCGCGGCAAGGAUCCGCACGUGCUGGUCAACAACGAGUGGGGCACGCUCGGCAUUUGCGAGUUCCCGUUCGUGCCGGUGGUCGACGGUGCGUUCCUGGAUGAGACGCCGCAGCGUUCGCUCGCCAGCGGGCGCUUCAAGAAGACGGAGAUCCUCACCGGCAGCAACACGGAGGAGGGCUACUACUUCAUCAUCUACUACCUGACCGAGCUGCUGCGCAAGGAGGAGGGCGUGACCGUGACGCGCGAGGAGUUCCUGCAGGCGGUGCGCGAGCUCAACCCGUACGUGAACGGGGCGGCCCGGCAGGCGAUCGUGUUCGAGUACACCGACUGGACCGAGCCGGACAACCCAAACAGCAACCGGGACGCGCUGGACAAGAUGGUGGGCGACUAUCACUUCACCUGCAACGUGAACGAGUUCGCGCAGCGGUACGCCGAGGAGGGCAACAACGUCUACAUGUAUCUGUACACGCACCGCAGCAAAGGCAACCCGUGGCCGCGCUGGACGGGCGUGAUGCACGGCGACGAGAUCAACUACGUGUUCGGCGAACCGCUCAACCCCACCCUCGGCUACACCGAGGACGAGAAAGACUUUAGCCGGAAGAUCAUGCGAUACUGGUCUAACUUUGCCAAAACCGGCAAUCCAAAUCCCAACACAGCCAGCAGCGAAUUCCCCGAGUGGCCCAAGCACACCGCCCACGGACGGCACUAUCUGGAGCUGGGCCUCAACACGUCCUUCGUCGGUCGGGGCCCACGGUUGAGGCAGUGUGCCUUCUGGAAGAAGUACCUUCCCCAGCUAGUUGCAGCUACCUCGAACCUACCAGGGCCAGCACCGCCUAGUGAACCGUGCGAAAGCAGCGCAUUUUUUUACCGACCUGAUCUGAUCGUGCUGCUGGUGUCGCUGCUUACGGCGACCGUCAGAUUCAUACAAUAAUUACUACCCCAUCCAUGGCCUAGUUCGUUUAAGCUUUAAGAUAGUGAGGAACAAAUUUUUCCUAACCAAUUUCCCCCCCUUUAGAGCAGAACCGAGGGAGAGAUAGGACUACAUAGCGAAAAGGGAAAACAAGUGGUGGAGGGGGAAAAGAGAAGAAGCAAAUCGAAUAAUCGAAGCAACAACAACAACAAAAAAGCUGCAACCGGGUUCACUAAACCCAGGGGGCAGCUCAGUAGCAAACUACUACUUAAAUAUCUACUUUCUUAUGGCAAAUUAUGGCAAGAGCAGUCGUGAUGGGUUCGAUCAGUAUCCAUCUGACCGGAGCAGCUGAACCGUUUCAUGGGCAGUUGCUGCAAUACACCACGACCCGUACACACAGUAACACACUUCUUAUAGCUUUACACUAACAACCACUCUCCCCACGCUCCUCUUCCCCAUCCCCUCCACACAGACAGCAGCGCCGUUUGUAGCAGGAUCUACUACCGUGCGGUUUGGUAUGGCGGCCAACAACACUAAACACCACACAUCUACUAAAACACACCGGAACAAUAAACAAAUGUUAAACUUACUAUAUGAAUAUACAUCUAGACGCAUAUAUACGCAUGAACUACUACUUCCCUCGUGUUCUGACAAAACACAUUACCUUGUCCCCCCUCCCCCUCCGGUUUGCUUACCACCACUGCACCACCAGUAUGAAUUUGUUCCAUAAUAACGCUUCGUAACUCGUUACCAGGAGCACAACUGGGUCGUUGGCGGAGUGCUGCGCGUUACGUGCUGAAGAUUUAAACUAGCACCGCGCACACUUUCGACACGCAACCACAGCUCCACAUCACGAAAGCAACAUCCUGGCCCUAUCCGUUUUCUCAUUCUUAAAACUUCUUUCCUUAGACCAAAACCAACGCAAACUAGCAAAAGGUACUAGAGUAACCGGUGCAGUACACACUGUGCUACAAUUGAGCGUAGGGAGGAGGUAUAAUUUCUGCAAAAUGUAUAAAACAAAACUAAAACAAACUAAUUACUUGCAAUCCAUUCUAAAGCACGAAAACUCCUCAAAAUAAAAACGGGAAGUAAACAAAAAAAUCAGAACGAACAAAUUUACCUAAAAAAAAGUAAACAAAAACAAAACAAAAAAGCCUACUAACCUUACUAAUCCCAUUGGAUUGUCGCGAACCCGUUGGAGCAAAAGCGUAAGAUAAAGAUAAGGAAGUUAAAAGCAAAACUGAAAUCAAAAACACACACACACACACACACACACAAACUACAUAAAUACACCUAAGCGAAACACCUGCAACAACAGCAAGAACAACAAGGAAAAACCCACAAAUACUAUCAACAAUCAAUUAGAUGUAACUAAAGAAACUAGAAGAAAGAGAGAAAAAGAAAACAUUUAGGCCGAGGCCGAGGCGCAAAAGGAAAAUUGCGAAGCACACAAAAACAAACAAAAAACAGAUUAGGUUACAACAGAAAACCAAAACUGUCGAGCAAAGCGUCGCGCGAGUACAUUUUCUACUUUCACGUUCUUCAGACCGCUGAUGGAAGCAAACAAAUGAACGGAACGCGGGAAGGGAAUAGACAACAACACAUCGCCGGAACGAUCCGGGGCCCGGUGGUGGAUGAAAGAUUAGAGUUUAGCCCUUUAGCCGAGACUCUCUGCACUGCUGCAGCAGGAGAGCAAGUUUUCAAACAUACAUUUUCCCUGCUGCAAGGCUGGAAGGCCUGUUGUAGCAGAGUCGUCUGUCUAUAAUAGGACCGGGGACACGUGCGGGGGUGUCCUGAGCAUUGCACAUG